AACUCAUUUAUGCGGUAGUAGAAAGUUGUUGGGCAGUUGGCGAAUGACAAUGCAAUGCUCGUGUGGUUUUGGUGUCACUGAGUCAGUCUGAGUAGGAAGAGGAAGCCAUGGGCAACACAUCCUCCAUGCUCACCCAAUACGACAUCGAAGAGGUUCAGCAACAUUGCAAAAACGCUUUUACGCAGCAGGAGAUAGUUUCUCUGUACCAACGCUUCUGUCAGCUGGAUCGCAACAACUGCGGUUUCAUCCCUUCCGAUGAAUUCCUCUCCAUUCCCGAAUUCGCCGUCAAUCCUCUCUCUCAGAGUUUGUUGAGGAUGCUGGAUGGGUUGAACUUCAAGGAAUUUGUGGCCUUCUUGUCCGCCUUCAGUCCCCGUGCCACUCUCCACCACAAAAUUGAAUUCAUUUUCAAGGUCUAUGACACCGAUUGCAAUGGAAAAGUUACCUUCCAUGACAUGUUGAGGGCUUUAAGGGAUUUGAGUGGACCCUUCAUGUCUGAGCAACAGAGAGAGGACGUUCUGACACAGGUCCUUGAGGAAGCUGGCUAUGCAAAGGAUUCUUCAUUAGUCUUGUCUGACUUCAUGAAGCUUGCAGUGGCAAGGUCUCUUAUCUUCACCUGCCAAUGUGUUAAACCAACAGUAAUAUCUUCAUUUGGACCAUGGGUCAUAAUUAGCACAAAACUCAUGCUUGUCUUGGCCAAUGGAUAUUGCAUUUUCACACUGAUGACUGUCUGAGUGUCAUAGCCCAGAACUCUAGCUCAUGAUUGUUUGAGGGUCAUACAUUUUCAUACCCAUGCUGGUUUUCCACCAUGCAUACUGAACACUGCUGUUAGCUUGAUAUUUGUUAGUUUGCCAUCUUUCAUAUGAAC